AACCAGCAUUUUUACCAUUUUCCUUACCUAUUAUCUACCAAAGCCUCAAUACACUCCCAGCAGUGUCCGGUCCCGGGUGCCCUGAAACCAGUCUCUGUCUAUCUCUUCUCUAUCUGCUUUAAAAGCGUCAGCAACACUCGCUGUCUCAAAAAUGGAGUCUUCCCUACCCCAACAACAGCAGCAACAAGGACCCAAGAAGAGAGGCCGAAAGCCGAAGCCAAAGGACGAGAAAGAACAGCAGCAACAAAGUGCGGGUAAAACGAAAGAAGGAAAGAAAUCCCAACAACCAAGCGUUGAUGAGAAGUACACUCAAUGGAAGUCUUUGGUCCCUGUUCUCUAUGACUGGCUUGCUAAUCACAAUCUCGUUUGGCCUUCUCUCUCUUGCCGCUGGGGGCCACAGCUUGAGCAAGCUACUUACAAGAGUCGGCAGCGUCUCUACCUCUCUGAACAGACUGAUGGUAGUGUUCCAAAUACUCUCGUGAUUGCAAAUUGUGAAGUUGUUAAACCUAGGGUUGCUGCUGCAGAGCACAUCUCUCAGUUUAAUGAGGAAGCACGCUCACCUUUCGUGAAGAAGUACAAGACCCUCAUACAUCCCGGAGAGGUUAACAGAAUCAGAGAACUUCCACAGAACUCGAAGAUCGUUGCAACACACACCGAUAGUCCAGAUGUUCUUAUUUGGGAUGUUGAAUCUCAACCCAACCGUCAUGCUGUCCUUGGAGCUACACAUUCUCGCCCGGAUUUGAUUUUGACUGGACAUCAAGAUAAUGCUGAAUUUGCACUUGCAAUGUGUCCUACUGAACCCUAUGUGAUCUCUGGAGGGAAGGACAAAUCAGUGGUUUUGUGGAGCAUCCAGGACCACAUAUCUGGUGGAUCAAUCAUCAAACAGAACAAGCCUGGGGAAGGUAAUGAUAAAGCAGCUGAAGGCACUUCUGUAGGUCCUCGUGGUAUCUUUUGUGGGCAUGAGGAUACAGUUGAAGAUGUUGCGUUCUCUCCAUCAAGUGCACAAGAGUUUUGUAGUGUAGGUGAUGAUUCCUGCCUCAUAUUAUGGGAUGCACGAGUUGGUACUAGCCCUGCUGUCAAGGUUGAAAAGGCACAUGAUGCUGAUCUUCAUUGUGUUGAUUGGAAUUGCCAUGAUGAUAAUCUUAUCCUAACCGGGUAUGUCUCCAUCGAAGUCCGCAGAUACUACUGUCCGCAUAAAGCUGCCGUUCUCUGCGUUCAGUGGUCCCCGGAUAAGUCAUCUGUAUUUGGUAGUUCUGCUGAGGAUGGCCUCUUAAACAUUUGGGACUAUGACAAGGUUGGCAAAAAGGUGGAUAGUCCUUCAAAAUCUCCUAGUACUCCCGCAGGACUCUUUUUCCAGCAUGUUGGCCACAGGGACAAAGUUGUUGAUUUCCAUUGGAAUGCAUCUGACCCAUGGACCAUUGUUAGUGUUUCCGAUGACUGUGACACCACCGGUGGUGGAGGGACAUUACAGAUAUGGCGCAUGAGUGAUCUGAUCUACAGGCCAGAGGAGGAGGUAUUGGCAGAGCUCGAGAAAUUCAAGUCCCAUGUCAUUUCUUGCGCUGGCAAACCAUGAGUGACAGGAUCGAUCGGAAGGCCUUCAUACAUCCAGAUCGACUCGUAGGUGGCCAUGUUAGUGAUUUGCAGAUUUUCAGGCAUAGAUGCAUUUAGACAAACGGUUUUAACAUUGAUAUUGGUGUGUUAACACCGACCAUAACAUCGAGGCUAUAAAUUAUGAUCAACCGACUGUUGGACGAUGAACACCAUUGAAUUCUAUGAUGGGUUCCAAUAACUAUUUUUC